AUGGAUCCAAAUAAGUCUUCUGGAUAUAAAUAUCAACGAAGAGAUAACGGCGAUGUAUUUAUAAUUGACAUGAGCAAUCGCGAACAUGGUUUAGUUGCUUCGUUGUUGCAACGAUACUUCAAUUUUCCAAAUAAUAAUGUUGUUGUUGACCCCCCAAUAGUCGUUGGUAUUGAUGAAUGUAAUCCUUCUGGAAACGGCCAAUUAAUUGCAUCGGAUGUUACAAUAUUUCCAAAUGCAAAUCAUGUCCAACAACCUCAUAUUCCAUAUCCAGGCUCACCUCCAAGAGACAGAAAUUUUGGAACCCUUAUUCGAAAAAAACAAACCCCUACUAAUUGUAAUGCACCCAACCUCCCUCAAUAUCAAGUUAUUAUCCCAAUUGCACAAGUCUUUUGGGAUCCAGUACUUCCACUUCCACCUGCAGAUGGGUACGUACCAACUGUUCCUAUUUCUCUUGCAACUGGAACUGCGCCUGUUAAUUUUAUCAUUGAUUUGUAUCAAGUUCAACAACUAGUUUUAAAUGAACAAGAUAAUACAUAA